AUGUCUAGAUAUCACCUCAUUUUGCUAAAAGAUACCGCAAAUAUCGCUGCAGGAAUGUUUGUAACGAAAAACCUGGUGCUUAGUGGUAGUCACUCAACGAGUUGGAAUAGUUUCGCUUUAGAGUUUGCCAACGUAGUGCGUCGCGUCGUGCUGCCACCAGUGCCACCUCAUCCGUCGUCUGAUUUAAUCUUAAAAGUGUACCUAGCAAAUUACGAAUUUUAA